UCAGGAUCGAAAAUUGGAAUUUUUGUUGAAGCCGCAAAACAGCGUUGUCAUAUUAUCCUAACUGCUGCAUUUAAAAACAAAUUUAGAUAUAUGAUAGUCCACUUAAUGUUGAAAUCUUUUUUGAUAAAUGAACUGAUCACCUCACUAAACGAAACCGUAAAUGUACAUUAUAAUUUAUAGGUGACCAAUAUGCGAUUCUAGAUUUUUUAGAAGUUGGGCAGCACUUAUAUUUUACAUUCUUCCACACACUUUUGUCAUAGGAAUUUUUCGUGAUAUUUUCUGCCAUAAAACGGAAGUUUAAUAAAAGAAAAAUGUAUCCAAAAUCACCUUUUCUACGUAAUCCUCUUGUGGAGUCACAAAUUCUUCAGCGGAAUCCUAGUCAGCUAGAAGAAUUAAUGAGUUGGUUGUGUAAAGUGCCCACAAUAACAACAUAUCGCGUAAAUUCGCUCCGAACCACUGUGCCAGCAUUCAAACAGAAAUUACAAGAAAUAUUACAUGAAAGAUAUACACAGCCACCCAAAGUGUAUGAAAUACCCAGUAUUCCAGAGGUACUUUGCAUUUUACCAACAUCAUUUGGCGUUGAUAUGAAGCAGAAACAGUCAGACUUACAACGUGAGGUUGUAGUCGACAGCUGCUGUGGUGCGGCUUUACUACGUGGCGCUCAUAUCUAUGCACCCGGCGUGCUUGCAAUGGAGGCAGGUACAAAAUUAAAUGAGGAGGUUUUAGUUUACGCCGAUUUGGCGGGUAAAUGUAAACAAGGUACAAAUAUUCGAUAUGAUUCGCUCGAUAAAAUUUUUUUGGGCGUGGGUGUCGUACGAAUGCAACGUCAUCAGAUUUUUGGACCUACAAUAAGUAGUACUUCUGAGUCUUUGAAAGGAGUUGCAGUAGAAAUGAUUGAAACUAUUUCCGGCGUACCUACCAUUGGUGAUCUGAGCUGCAAAGAAGCGCUUCUGCAAAACCUGCCGUCUAUUGUAUGCGUAAGGGUACUGAAUCCUCAACCAGGCGAACGUGUAUUAGAUAUGUGUGCGGCGCCCGGAAAUAAAACUACUCAUAUAGCAGAGUUAAUGGGUGAUAAAGGCGAAGUAAUAGCGCUCGAUAAGGUAGCCAAUAAAAUCUCUGGCAUGUUGGCAAAAAUAACGAAUUCAGCCUUGAAAAGCAUACGCGCCUAUAAUUUUGACGCCACGAAAGCUUUUAGCGCAGCUAAGGAAGCAAAAGACAAUGAAUGCUUGGGCAUGCCACCUUUUGCCGCCAAUACGUUUGAUAAAAUCUUACUUGAUGCACCUUGUAGCGCUUUGGGCAAUAGACCGUUGCUCGUGGGUCCGCCGAAUAUGUCCCAACGUAUGCUCCAAUCGUACCCAAAAGUUCAGCGAAAAUUAUUUUCCGCAGCAGUGCCAUUGCUAAAGCCAAACGGUAUUUUGGUUUAUAGUACUUGCACAGUGACUGAAGAAGAAAAUGAAAGCGUGGUUGCUUGGGUACUAGAGAAAUUUCCACAGAUGAGGCUGGUCCCUGCAACUCCCCAUCUUGGCGGCAUUGGUCUUGAACAAACAGCUCUUAGCAAUGUUGAGAGGCAAUACGUCCAACGGUUUGGUCAACAACCAAAAGAAUUCGAAGGAGUUCCCAUUGACACCGUCGGAUUUUUUAUAGCAAAGUUUAUAAAGGAAUAUUAAAUGUCAUGUGCCUGGAGACUGUAAUUUCUGUUUUAAAGACUAUGUCUGUAUCAUAUGUAACCUAUGCAUUUCUUUCACUUUAAGUAAAUAUUAAAAUCAUGCAGUACUUGCUCAAAAUUAA